CCGAACCGGCCCAUCAAGAAUAUUGAAACCCCAUAACCUCAACCAACCAACGCCUAUAUAACUAAAUAUCAUUCACGGCGCCGCCUCCACAUCUCAAACUUGCUCCCACACACCACAACACCAGCUUCUCCUCCUCAUCUCAGACAUCAGCCUUCCAGCAUCCAGCUGUCCAGAUAUUGAAGCUCCUAUUUGUUGGCUUGGUAUCCCGGAGGUUUUGCUGGAGUAGAUUCCAAGGUGAAGGAGUCACGUUAAAGUUCCUUUCAUGUUUGAACAGGCUACUAUCCAUUCGGGAGCAAUUGAGCUGCUUGGAGAGUAUUUUUCUUCUUCUAGAAAAAAUUACAGACCCUUUCUGCAGCGGUUUAUCUGCAUGCAUCGUGAGACAUACCAAAAGUUCACCGAGCUGUCUGGUUACUGUUGGCCACCUUCCAUAAUUCUAGGAGAUUUUUCAAGGGCGCAAGCUACCUUAGAGUCCAAUAUUGAAGCUGCUAUUGUCUGAAAGCGUCCGAAGAUCUCUGAAAUUUGUAAGCAAUCAUGGCCUUGCAGAAUAUUGGUGCUGCAAACAGUGAUGAUGCCUUCUAUAGGUAUAAGAUGCCUAGAAUGAUUACAAAAAUUGAGGGUAGAGGUAAUGGCAUCAAAACAAAUGUUGUCAACAUGGUUGAUAUAGCAAAGGCAUUGGCCAGGCCAGCGGCUUACACGACGAAGUAUUUCGGUUGUGAACUUGGGGCUCAGUCGAAAUUUGAUGAGAAGACUGGAACUUCUCAUGUCAAUGGUGCACAUGAUACUGCAAAGCUUGCUGGUCUUCUUGAGAACUUCAUUAAGAAAUAUGUCCAAUGCUAUGGCUGUGGAAAUCCUGAGACCGAGAUAUUGAUUACUAAGAAUCAAAUGAUCCAGCUGAAAUGCGCUGCUUGUGGUUUUUUGUCGGAUGUGGAUAUGAGAGACAAGUUAACCACCUUCAUUGUUAAGAACCCUCCAGAAAAUAAGAAGGGAUCCAAAGACAAGAAGGCCAUGAGAAGAGCUGAGAAGGAGAGACUGAAGCAAGGUGAAGCUGCUGACGAGGAACUGAAAAAAGUGAAGAAAGAGGUUAAGAAGAAAGUCUCUUCAAAGGAUGGACCCACAAAAUCUACCUCUUCAAAGAAGAAAGCAAAUAGCUCUGAUGAAGAGCGUACUUCACCUACACACAGUCAUAUUGAUGAGGAAGAGGAGGCUCAUGAUGAAGAUGAUGAUGAUGUGCAAUGGCUAGCUGAUACAUCUGCAGAGGCUGCUCGGCAACGUAUCCAAGAGCAGUUAAGUGCUGUGACAGCUGAUAUGGUCAUGCUCUCCACAAAUGAAACAGAGGAGAAGAAAAAAGCAGGAAGCAAGGCAGAUAAUGGUUCUGAGAAUGGAAACAAGGCACAUAAUGGUUCUGAGAAUGGAAACUCAACCAACUACACAACACUGGUUGGUGAAGUGAAAGCUUAUUUGAAGAAAGGUGUUUCAGCAAAGGAAUUACUGUCUCAUUUGGCAACGAUUUCUGUAUCUGCUCAGGAAAAGAUGAGUGCUUUGUUUGAAGCCCUUUUUGAUGGAAUUGAGAAAGGUUUUGCAAAAGAAACUAUCAAGAGGAAGAGCUACCUUGCUGCUGCGGUUGCUGAGGAAGAGGGAUCCCAGUUGUUACUGCUUCAUGCUAUCGAGGAAUUUUCUUGCAAGUCUGCUUCCAGUGCUCUGAAGGAGGUUGCCCUGAUUCUGAAAACACUCUAUGAUGCUGAUGUGUUGGAUGAAGACAAUAUCGUGCAGUGGUAUCAAAAAGGGCUGAAAGGUGAUGACAAGAACUCUGUGAUUUGGAAGAAUGUUAAGCCCUUCAUCGAGUGGCUUCAGACUGCGGAAUCAGAGACUGAGGAAGAAUGAUGUUUUUGCUCAGGUCAUCAUUUACUGGAAGAAAUCUUAUUUUACUGUUGUUGUCUGUUUGCUUGUGUUAUGUUCUUCUUUUCAAAUAAAGGGUCUUGUUGGCCCCUGAUCUGUUGAACUAUUAGUCUUUAAACUUUUGUGUCAGUCAGUUUUAUUUGUUGUGGUUCUAGUACACAUUUUAUUUCGUGAUGGAUAAUGAUGUGUUACAAAACACACCUUUAUAUUAUGAUGCUGUUUUUCUUUUGUCUUGCUAA